AUGCAAUCAACUUGUAUAGAAAGCUUGGGAAAUGUUAAAAGCGCAUUCUUGGGAAAAGAAAUUGAAAGUUGUAUUAAUUAUGAAUACAAUCAUGAAGCUGAAGCGAUGCCUGGAUUAGAAAAAUUUGCUGCUCUUGUCUUAAAUAAAGAAGAAGAAGAAGUGUAG